AAUUCUCCAACGCUUCCUCCGAAUUUUUCUCUACACGUCUCUAGAAAACUCAGGCUUCAAAGAGUAUUGACGAUUUGAAAAGUGCGAUUUUCAAAAAUGCCAAAGGAUAGAAGAGUUAGUUCCUUGUCUUUUGAUCGAUCUAGGGUAUCUCCUUACCCAUGUAGUUCCAGGAAUGCCAAGCAAUUCACAACUGAAAGUCCAUCUAAAGCAGUUUAUGAAUUUAAAGAGUGGGAGGAAGCCAGGUGCCCUAUCUGCAUGGAACACCCCCACAAUGCUGUUCUUUUACAUUGUUCUUCAUUUGAGAAGGGCUGUCAACCUUACAUAUGCAAUACAAGCUACCGCCAUUCAAACUGCCUUGACCAGUUCUGUAAGUCAUCUGUGUCAUCUCCUUCCACCAUAAUACUGCGAGAAAUUCCUCCCCCAAGGAUGACAAAUGCUUCUCACAAUGUAAGGGAGCCAUUGCCUCAAGAUGAGCAAGGUGGAGCUGGUGGAAGCAGUUCGCAGCCAAAUCUUGUUUGCCCUUUAUGCCGAGGAGAGUUAUAUGGAUGGAGUGUUGUAGAGCCUGCUCGAAGGUUCAUGAAUUCCAAAGCUAGGAGUUGUUCUUGUGAGAACUGUGAUUUUGGCGGUACUUACAGUGAACUCAGGAAGCAUGCUAGGGCCAUGCACCCAUUGGUUCAUCCAACUGAGGUGGACCCAGCACGGCAACGAGAUUGGACUAGGUUGGAGCAGGAAAGGGACUAUGAAGACAUGCGUAGCUCAAUUCAGUCAGCAUUUGGCGAAGAUAUCAAUAUGUUCUGGCUUCUUGGUUUUGCCCUUAGGUUUAUCUUAAGUUUUGAAGGAAGAGGAGAGCAGGUUCAGAGGAGGUUUAGUCAUGAUCUAGAGAGUGAUCGUGGCACUAGUAGGGAAAGUAGUUUGUACCUUGGCUUGUGCAUUAGUUCACCAGAAGAGAGAAUGCCUCAAGUAAGGCACCAAAGUCCACGAAUGAGGAGAGCGCAUCCUCGAUGGAGGCACCAAAAUUCAUUAUUGGAAAGAGGGCAGCCUCAGGGGAGGCAACAAAGUUCAUUACGGGAAAGAGGUCUGCCUCAAGAGAGUUACCAAAGUUCAUUUCCGGAAAGAAGGCAGACUCAAGGGAGUUACCAAGGUUCAUUACCAGGAAGAGCACAGCCUCAAGAGGGGAACUUACGGGAAAGAGCACAGCCUCAAGGGAGGCACCAAAGUUCAUCACUGGAAAGAGAACAGCGAGGAUUGCGUUGGCGUAGACCAAGAUGAGCAAACAUUCGCAUGGCCACAUUGGCUAGGGAGCCUCCUUUUCAUGUGAACAGAUAUUUCUGCUGGCAGCUACUCGUGGAAACAAAGGAAGGAGGCCCCAGUCAAUAUUUCUAGGGAAGCAGGAAAUAUAUUUUGGUUGGUUACAUAGGAACAAGUGAUUCAUUGUUAAGAACAGGAAUUUCCAUCAACUUUCAAUUAUGUUAAUCAUCAUGCUUCAAUUCCAUCCAAUUGCAAAGACGGCUUUAUUUGUUUUUAUUGUUUUUUAGUUUUGCAUCAAUUUUUCUUUUUGUUUCUGAAUGGAUACAAUGUCCUGGGAGCCAGUUGGAGACUUACAUAGAAAAAAGAAAGCACGAUGCCCCUUUAGGGUUGGUUGUGCAGAAAUUAUGAAAAAUAAGGCAAAUAGAUAAAUAUCAUUGCAAAAUAUGUAGUAACUAUUCACUAUUAUCAAUUUUCUAAUUUUGUCUUCAGUUCCGUGUUUUGUAGAUGAUAAGAUUGAGUGGUUAUUUCUACAACGACAGUAAAACAAUUCGCUUGUUGCGAACUUUAAGGAGGAUUAUCAGCAACACCAACAGAUAAAUCGAUUUGUUUCAAAUUUCACGCUACCGUUGGUUUUUUGGAUGCUACUGCGGAUUUUCACCAUACUGCCAAGGUGCUAUAAAUACCCAAUGAUGAGAUCAAGCAAAGGAUCAACUUCUCACACAGCAAACUCAGCACAAUUUCUCUUUAUAUUCAGAUUCAUCUUAAUUUCAAGCCCUUUAAUUUAAUUUCAGU